AUGCUAAAGUUGGCCGAGAACCGGAUGCGUUUUGCCCACGUGGCAAACCAAACCAUAUCAUAUUUUGCGGCCGCUGCUAUCAGCACUGAGUUACGGGCAAAGAUGCAGACUUUGCGAAGAGACACCGGGCAAGAUGACAUUUCGGAUGCCAGUGGAUGCAACCGCGAAACCUCUGGGGUGCGGACCUCCGGGAGCCACAGCACCCGCGCGUCGCAGACCAUGCAUGCCAUCGAACAACAGAAUUGA